AUGGAGGACAUCGCUGUCGAACUAUGGAUGCGCAUUUUUUCCUUUGCCUGCACAGACGACGGUUCCACCGGUCGGUCGCUCUCGCUCGUCUCCAAAUUUUUCCAGGACGUGUCACGCCCAUACCGCCUGCAGAGUAUUGUUCUAAAAGACAGAGAACAACUGCACGACUUUGCGGAGAUUCUGCAGCGUACACCGCCUGAACACCGCCGCAUUCACCACUUGUUUAUCGCUGACCCCCAUCGCCCGCCGCGCAGGACGCUCGCGGCCUUUCCAGAUCUGUCAAGCCUAGGGAAAACAGAGCUCCUUCGUACCCUCGCUCUCUACUCGCUCACUUCCGAUGAAGUGCAGGCCAUAUGGCAGCGGCUCGGUCCACAAGCUCAGUCGGAGAAUGCUGAAAUUCUUGAUCGUUCCAUAAAACAACCCGUGCCAGAGCUAGAAUCCAUCUUGCAGUUUGUAGCACCGACUGUAAGGACGCUCACCGCACACGCGUCUUCGUGUCUAUAUCUACUCACGAACAAGUUCCCCGAGCUCGAGGAACUCACAAUCCUGGGUCCUAACGUCGCUAUUCAGCGUCGGCCCUUUCCCCCAGGGGAUCUGGCACAGCUACCCUCACUCAGGCGCCUCCAUUUGGUCGACAGCUCCGAGUUUUUCAUGCAGUUCGUACAGCGGGCCCCCCAGAUCACCCACCUCCGCCUGACCGGGUUGUCCUUCCUGCGCCAGGAUGCCGUAGAUGCCCUCGGCACUGCUCUCCAUAUUCCUCCCGACCACACGGAUCCGGCCUCUCCUUCAGUCGUACCACAUAACUACCUUCCUCGAAUUGAACGGAUCAUCACCGACUCCCAAAGUGUUCCCACCAAUGCCUCGCUCAUUCGCCGAAUCAGAGGCGUGCAGGGGCUGACGCAGAACAGCAAGGUGACCUUCAUUCAACCCGAUUCCCUAGAAGGGACGAAGCCGUAUGUGUGGAGCGAUGCGAGACGCGACUGGUUACAGCGACUAGAAGAGAAGAACGGGUGUUGGGUCAUAGACCCUUUGAAAGUGGAUCGCGUCCGCUUGACCAGACGUUCGUCGUCCAGGUCGUGA